UGAUUUCAUCGAGCAUCAGCAUGGGUACAUUUGGCGAAUUUGAAAUAAUUUCUCCAAGUAACGUGACCGAAAACUUGCACGCUGAUACUGAAUCGAUACGAAAUCCACAAGAAUCAAACAAAUUGCCUGGCGAAUUUAUUGUUCCCGAUAUAUCAAAAGAACAAAUAUUGUUCAAAAGGAAAACCGAAUCCAUCAAAAGAGGUCAUAACGCAACGGACAAUAACAACUUUUGCCGUGCUCCGGACGGACGCUAUCUGCCCGUCGACAUCUUCGCAUUGGAUACUUGCGCCCGUUGCUAUCAAUACAUCCCGGACAACCCAACUUUUUUCCGCCAAAACAGCAAGUGGAACCACACAAUAGUCGCGAUGCGGAGUCUGCUAAUAGAAACUGACAUGUGGUUCAAUGUUACGUUUCUGACUCAUGAUGUCCUUAAUGAAACAACGGCCGCCAAUGAGAAAGACACCGGGAGCAUACUUUUCCAGACUUUUGUUGAUUUUAAAUCGCAAGAGAAAUGGAGAUCUUGCUGUAGGGCUGCGGUCGAUUGCUGUCAACAUAUGCUCGGAUCUAUGCAACCGAACGAUCGUCAGUACAACAGUAACAUCUUAGAUUAUGACGAUGAAGGAGAAAAUGCUUUCCGCACUCAACCCAUCAUGAAGUCAGCCCCAACUUCAAAUUUUUGCCCACCUACGUGGGACGGCUGGACAUGUUGGGAAAAAACUAUUCCUAAUCGAGUCGCCGUAUCUGUGUGUCCCAGCUACAUCUACUUCGAGACAGAACCACCCGCUUGUUCACAUUAUGCCGAGAAGAUGUGUACUUCUGAUGGCACAUGGUAUCGCCGAGGAGAUGCAGGUUCCGCAACAGAAAAGACCAACUACAGCCCGUGUAGUCCUGUGGGUGCUCUGAGGCAGCGAACUAAUGUUCAUUUAAUCGCUUACACCGUCUCCGUUGCGAUGCUUCUUCCAACCCUUUUCAUUUUCUAUUCAUACAAGCAAUUAAAUGUGUAUCGUAUCCGGUUACACAAAAACAUGUUCAUGUCAAUUUUGCUGAACUCGAUACUCGUCAUCGUUUUCAAAGUGUUCACUAUUCUACCAAAAUUGACGAAUACCUCUGUCAAAGAGUCCUACGUGGAUGAGAACGCUGUGUUGUGUCGUUUGGCGUUGGUCACGUUGAAGUAUUUGCGUCUGACUAAUUACAUGUGGAUGUUUUGUGAGGGCUUCUACCUGCACCGUUUAAUCACGGCUGCCUUUGCUGAAGAAAGCAGUUUUUCAGUAUUUUACUUCAUCGGUUGGGUGCUGCCGCUCAUUCCUACAGGAAUCUACGCAUUCAUUCGAUUUAUCUGGUACGAUGUUCGCUGUUGGAUAGAACCAAUUGAAGCCUGGGAAUGGGUGCUGAAUGCACCUUGUCUACUUUCGCUAGUGAUGAAUCUCGUCUUCUUGAUUAAUAUUAUUCGUAUACUGGUAAUGAAAUUGCGCUCGACGAGUAUCAAUGAACCCAGUCAAUUCAGGAAAGCAGUCCGUGCUACCCUCAUCUUGUUUCCGCUGUUUGGUCUGCACUUUGUCGUGACCAUCUAUCGGCCACCUAAGGGCGGAUGCGAUUGGAUCGAUUUUUAUCACUACGCCAACGCUUUACUUGACGGGCUUCAAGGUUGUUUGGUCGCUAUAAUAUUCUGCUACGGCAAUGGCGAGGUUCACUACCUGUUGCUGCGGUCCUAUCGACGUUUUAAAGAUAACCACUGUCUUCGAAAUAAAACAAAAAUAAGGACGGAUCGAAGUCAACGCGUUAAAGUGGAAGAAAGGGAACGCACACGAAGUAUAGGAUGCUCAGUUUUUCUUGGUCGCAGUACUUUUUCUACUCAUUUUUCCCUUGCGGACUGCGCUCCUAAUAUUAGGCAAAAGCAGAUAACAAUAAACAUUAGACCUGUUCACGUUUCUGAAGAAAGAGGCAGCGUAUUUACUAAAGAGAACGAUUCCACUGUGCAGAAGCUUCAAAUCAUAUUGCCAGAAACCCAUUGCGUUGACAACGGCAAUGAAGAACCUAGUCAUCCCAUCAAUGAUAAUGAGAAUGAUACUAAAUGUUAAAGUUAAGAAAGCAAUACUUGUCAGCUUUAGUAUCGAAACAUACUGAAUUGCAUUUACUAAAGGGUAGUGUA